AAUAACCUAUGGCGCUGAUUCGCGGGUUAAGUCGCCUGCUCUUGUACUCUUCUUGUAUAUUCUGAAUGCACGAGGAUUUAGAAAAAUAACCAUCGAUGCAAGAAGGAAAAUCUUGCGAAUUGCUAAACUAAUUAUUUUUAUCCACAGUCUAAUACGCUAAAUAGUGCACAGUGUGUAUGAUCAAACGCCAUGCCGCUUCUACGUCGUCAACCGUUCGUUCCUCAGCCACCUCCACUUGAUAUUCGUCCAGAAGAGGAAAUAUUCUAUUUCCCUGUGACUAAUGAAAUCUUCAGAGACUAUGAAGCAUUUUUUGAGAGGACCAUUCUUUGCAAUUCUUUGGUUUGGUCAUGUUCAUUGACAGCUAAAAGCAAUUUGACUUACCAAGAAGCCAUUGAAAGUGAAAAACGAGCACUGCAGUCUGUUAGUGACAUUCCAUUAGAGUUGAGGCAACCUCUACUUCUCAUUGCUUCCCUCACAUGCAGAGGAAAAGUAAAUGAAACAUGUGAUGAUGUUUAUUACUUUAUGAAAGAUCGUUAUUUCAAAAAUGAACAUGUGGAAGCAAUUCUACGCUCCAAGUGGUAUCCUGCACAAGUAAUACGGGUUGUACCUCCUACUAUUGAAGAACUUGAACAGUACAAACAAGAACUUGAUGAUGAGCUCAGCACAGAGGAUAAACUAUUGAUGCUAGAUCAAUAUGGGCCUCCACCUGAAUUAUUUAAAUAUGAAGUUAAAGAAGAAUUCAACAGCAAAGAUGGAUCUGUUGGUCCCAUUCACACGGUCACAGUAGAUUGCAUUAGAAGAGAAAAAGGCUUUUACUCUCGAGAAAGGGUACGGUUGUACUUGCGAUACUGCUUGCAGUUUGAUGAAUGCGAGGGUAUCUGGGUUGUUAAGCCUGAAGCAUGGAACAAAUUGAAUAUGGAUUCUAUCAAAUACUCUGAAUUUUUUACGGGCGAAAAGCCGAGGUUUGAAGAAAAACGAGCUCCAAAGAAAGUCAAUAAAAGCUUGUCAACUAGUAAGGGAGGUGAGACGCCCAAAGCGUCUAAAACACCCAGAACACCUAAAACACCAUCCAAUGACAAAGACAGCAACGGGAAGGGCACUCCGGUAAAAGGUACCCCAAGUAAAAGAGGGCAGCCGGACGCAGUUCGGAAUGCAAAAUCCGCCACCAAAAGUCCUAAGUUAGAUGCUGAAGCGUUGGCGAAGGAAUUCAUAAAGAUUCGUGAAGAACGCGAAACUCUUAGGCAAAUGGCUGAUCAGCGAAAGCAACAAAAGGUCGACGAGAAGUUGCUGGCUAAAGAAAAGAAAAAAGAAGAAAAACGUGUUAUGGCUGAAUACGUCAAAGAAUGGAGCAAAAUCCGUGAGGAUUUAGAAUGCGACGAUCUUAAAGAUUUGCCUUCGCCCACUCCUAUUCAAUGUGCCAUCCCUAACGGUAUCUUUGGAGACUUCGUUAUGGUGUUGGAGUUCUUCUUGGGAUUCGGCGAAGAAUUACAAUUGAAAGAUGCUUUUCCAGGAGGGCUUACUUUUGAACUCUUAGAACGCGCCGUCGUAGAAAACGAAGUGUCUGGUCCUCUUAGCGAUAUUUUACAAACAUUGCUUAGCUCUUUGUUCGAAUUUCAAGACGCUGAAUCUGAAGAAGUUAAAGAAGCUGGAAGUACGACAAGUGGUGUUCAGGAGUCAGAAGUCGAAGGCGGAUUAACUUACCAGGGUACUCCUCUUAAGAAGCUGUCUAUGGAUUCCUUAACCGUAUCAGAAAUAUUACGACUUCACUUAAUAUCGUCUGGUGGCGGUAGUAGUGAACUUCGUACAAAGUGGCGGUAUCAACAAAGAGGUGGAUAUAGUGCUGCUGAUGAUCCUGGUGUUCAGUUGCGUCAGGAAGAUCCUCAUAUUCUACAUGCCUUGUCUCACAGCACGGUAUACGAAUUGCCCGUCGGUGAUAAAAUGAAAGUUAUCAAAUGCCUUUGUCAUCAAAUACUCACAUAUGCAUCAAUAAGAGACAUACUCGAAGAAAAGAGUACUAAAUUAAUCCAUUUACGUCAAGAACUGAAAGCUCUGCAUGCCAAUGAGAGACGUAUGAGAAAAGAAGAUAUCAUUAAUCGAGCCAAAUUACGCUCUGAAGAGAACGGUAACACCGAAGAUGGAACAGAGUUAGAAAGGUUGCUACAAGAAACUGCCAAAAGAAAAGGGGAGGUUCUCAAGAAGGAGCAGCAACUUCGCCAACAAAUUCUCAGGAUGACAGCCAUGACUCAUUUGGCACCUCUUGGACAAGAUCGUGCUUUCAGGAGGUUUUGGGUUUUUGAAUCACUUCCCGGGUUGUUUGUGGAACAUGAUGAUGACUACGUUGGGACUUGUUUACCCGAACCCACGCCCUAUUCCAUGCCAAAACCAAACGGAUUGCCGAUUGAUCCCAGCAAAUGCAAAGAAGACAUUAGGAAAUUUUUUAAAGCAGCGAAUAAAGAAAAUGAUAUCUCAACCGAACCUGUCUGCGAAAAUUCUUUGAAAAUUAGGCCCAAAAUUUUUGGCGUUUGCACUUCUAAUCCGACGAACUGCCCUGUCCACGCCACCUACCUUUCACGAACAAAAUGGUCAUUCUAUGAAAAUGUCGAUUUCGUUGAUCAAAUCCUACUGAGCCUUAAUGAACGAGGGCAACGUGAAAGCGUAUUGAAGAAUGCAAUGGUUCGAGAAAAGGAAAGAAUCGUAGAAGGAAUCACAAAGUGCUUUGUCCACCGUUUGGAUAAUUCAAGGCCUGAAGUUAAACUCGAAGGUGAAACUCGCAAAUCCACCAGACAAAUACGAAAGGAGAAAGAAUACGAUAUCAACCUUUACUUUCCUGCCGGUACUCCCGUCGAGGAGAUCAUGGAGCGAACACUAGUUGAUAUGGUUCUUGAGACUGAAGAGAAAAUUUUUGUUGGCGGCUUGGGAUCCUUAAAGGUCAAAGACCGAAACGCAUGGAGAACGUCUUUAGAAGAAAGGAAGUUUGUGUCACAGGUUGAAACUCUAACUUGGGGUGGAAAGCUGGAAACGAAGACACAUCCAAAGCUUGAAAACAAUGAUGCUGAGGAUGAAGAUAACCGCUCCGAAACAAGCUCUUCGGUGGAAGCAGAAACCACUGCUAAUGCCGUUGCCAGAAAGUGCGUUGUGGAUCUAGCAUGUUCCUUACUUCAGUUAGCUCAAAGUGUCGAAACCAAGUAUCUGAAGAAACCUCUAGGAGAAGAUGAGAAAGAAAGAAAAAAACGACUAAAAGCCGAAGAAGCGAUGAAAAAAUGGGAAGACCACAAGGAGCCGGAUCACAAGACGGAUGCCAAAACGGAACCGAAAACAGUACGAACGCCGUUAGAAAAAUGGGAGUUGUCUCUACAUGCAUGCACGAGUUUGUCACAGUUGUACGUUCACUUAGCGCUAUUAGAUAACAGUAUUACAUGGAAUCGCUCAGCGUUGAAUGCUCGAUGCCGUAUUUGUCGUCGUAAAGGAGAUCCGGAAAAAAUGUUGCUCUGCGAUGGAUGUGAUAAAGGACACCACAUGUAUUGCUUGAAACCUUUGCUCACCGUUGUACCAGAAGGAGAUUGGUUCUGUGCCGAGUGCAAACCCCGUGAAAAGCCUCGAACGCCUCGUAAAGCACGUCGCGUCUUUUCUGAAGAAUCCGAGGACGAGGCUGUUGAAGAAGAAGAAGCGGAUGCUGGCGAAGAGGAAGCCGAAGUUGAAGCGGAGGAGGGUGAAAGUGAUGUAGAAUCAGUAGAUAAUGAAAUCUGCCCAGUUUGCCAAGAAGGUGGAGAGGUUAUUUGCUGUGACACAUGCCCAGCCGUCUAUCACUUAGAAUGCAUCAACCCGCCUCUGAGAAAGGUCCCAAGAGGCAAAUGGUCUUGUCCGCAGUGCAAGACACCUCCCCAGGAUAGGGAAAGAGGCAAACUACGAGAAAAAAAUUCUGACGGUCGGACCGGUUCUGCCCGAAUCUCACGAACCCGUCAUGCGAUCGAUUUUGAUGAAGAAGUGAAGGAUAUGGGGAGGCAUGCUGGUGCGCGUAAGCGUACGCAAACCGAGCCUGUACGAUCCAAGUCACCCGCUGACUUGACCCUAGGCAAACGCCGUUCGGCAGCAGAAGCUGUUGACAAAAUUGCUCAAUCCUCCAAGCGACUCAGAGGGGACAGCAACGAUGACGAAAGCGGUAAUAGCGACAACAACAGCAAGUGGAAUGCAGCAGCACAUCGGAAAAGGAGUCGUCCAUUGCCAUUGCCUUCCGCAACUUCUCCUUCCGGGUUUGUCGACUUGGCUGAUUUACUACAGCUAUUGGCCGAUCUGAGCAGUCAUGUCGAUAGUUGGCCUUUCCUCAAACCUGUCACCAGAGCAGAGGCUCCGGACUAUCAUCAUGUUAUUAAACAAGCUAUGGAUCUUGGUACAAUGAAGUACAAACUCAACAGUAUAAAGUACAAGACGGCGGAAGAUUUCGUCAAGGAUUUGCAGUUGAUAUUCACGAACUGCUAUACUUACAAUAACGACGCUGCCGAUGAAUACAAAUGUGGUCGCAACCUGAGUCGAUACGCUGAGAAGCAGUUAGAAAAACUAGGUAUCAAGAUGAUGCCAACGGAUUAACAUUUGAACCAAUUUUCCUACAAAUCCAACUCUCCCUACCACCCCCUAAAAAGUCAUUCAUUCGACAACCCCGAUGGAAAUAUUGGAUAAAACCGUGUCUCUUUUAUGUUAAAAUUCUGGCGACCGUCAAUGGGUUGUCGAUUGCGUUUCCAAUUAAAACAGUAAGAAGUUCGGAAAUUUGAAUAACAGUGAAAUACACUUGAAAUCGAUUAGCUAUAUGUAACAAUGCUAAAUGAGAUUCAUUUAAGUUUAA